AUGACUGGGACUUCUGGCAAACCCAUGAACGAAUAUCCUGGAUUCGGACUACCUCUUCGCAAUUGGGAAUGGAGCAACUACGGCUUCUAUCCGAUCGGCUCCCACCACAAUGCCUAUGGAAGCGAAUCAGAGAUCAUCCCUGUGCGAGAGCUUGCCGUGAUGGAUGUUUUGGAAAAACUCACCGACAAGCCCGACUGGCAUCAGAAGGUCUUUGAUGAUGAAAUCGUUGCCAAGUGGCGUAAUGAGGCCCUCGCCAUUCCUGACCAACACUUUUGGCACCUAGCUACCGCUGCGAAGAGCCAGUAUUGGACCCACGACGAUGACCGGCUCGAGCUUCAUGACGACAGGCAGUCUUGCAUACUCGAGAACAUUUUGGAUGAAGCUACAUUCGAUACUUGUGUUCAAGAGCUUCGCAGCAAAGCCAAAUAUUUCGAACAAUCGGGCAUCAUACCUUCUCUCGACGCAAGCGCUUCCGUAGCCAAGUCUGACACGCUCGUUACAAGCGAGCUACACGCCAAGCUUCGCAAAGCUUUUGACCAGCUCAAGUCGGACCACGCUGCAUCUCCUGAUUGGCAUCCCAACUCGAAUAGUAUGGUGCAGGAUCUGGUACACCCGUCUAUGUACCCAUUGGUAUAUGGGCGCAGUUCUGGCUUUCGUGAGGAGCAGGUUGGUGUGACGGACGCUGUAGCGCGCUGGGCUGGCAAGGGCGAGGUCGUCCCCCAGCAGGGGCUCGAAAUGACUACAGCGCAAAACCGACAUGAUUAUAGCGUUGGAGGCAGCAGCAUCCCGCCGGAGUACUGGUCCAAUCAAUACCAAUGGUUGCCGGCCAAUGUGGCUUUCCAGGAUGAUGGGUCUGUUAAGUUUACCAGCUACAUCAACAAUCUUCACCCUACGAGAUAUCCCGACAUAUAUCAUACCAUCGAAAAGCUGGUCGAAACAUCCGUACCCAUGUGGGAUCAGUGUUUGCGGUUUGCAGUCGGCUAUCACAAGUUUGAAGGGGCCGGUCGUAUGGUGACUCGCACCGGUAAACCCGAGAAUCCUGAUGACGAGAACGAAGAGAAUUGGACGCCCAAUAAAGAAGAGUGUGGUGAUGUGGAAGCCAGCGAAGAAGACCUGGAGGAAGAAGGGUACGAGGAUUACUACGACAACGAUAAGGAUCGCCAGGAAGGGUUGCUGGAGGCCAAGUGGAAGAUCGUCCGCAAACCUCGUAUCAUGCCAAUUCCCUUCAACGACGUAUCCUACGCACCGCAACCAGGCAAGCGUCUUGCUGAUAGAUUUCGCGAUACGGGACUUCAGAUCAUUGUCAAGAUGGCCUCGAUUGAACUCACGCCCGAGAAGCCGGACUUUCCUGUGGGUGGAUGGCACAUCGAGGGGCAGAUGAACGAAAACAUCUGCGCAACUGCCCUGUACUACCUGGACAGUGAUAACAUCACUGACAACAGCCUCUCAUUCCGCAUGCAGACGUCUGCUUACCUACAGGAUGACGAGGGUUUCGACGUUGGACAAGACUGUUAUCACUGGAUGGAGCACGUGUACGGCACUGGCUUUGGUCAACAUCGUGUUUCUCCUUUUAGUCUCAUCGAUCCUACAAAGCCCGGACAUCGUCGCUUUAUUGCACUUUGGCUUGUCGAUCCGACGAAGCGCAUCAUCUCUACGGCGAAUAUUCCGCCUCAACAAAUGGACUGGUACGUCGACUCGCUACUUGGACCAAGCGACAAGACGCGCCAAGAAGCGUUGUCGAAGUUCCCCCCAGACCUCAUCAAUCUGCUAGCCGAGAAGGGACUCGCAAGUCCUUCUGUCACUACGGAAGGUCGACUGCCUGAAGAGCUCAUGGCCUACGUGCGCGAAUACUUCGAAGAAGCCAAGCACUCCCUUCCUAUGGGUUUUCAAGAGGCAAGUGAGCAUCGCAAAAAGCUUAUGCAGGAAAGGGGCGCGUUUGUCCAGACCGCAGAGAAAGGAUGGCAGAGGGCGACUUACAGCUUCUGUGAGCAUUAA